UGCACCAAAGUCAAACGCAAGAUCCUGCUUUAUAUUUGAACAGUUGAUAAUUAGUUAUGUUGUCAUCCAUUCAGUUAUAUAGCGUCUUUCUAUAUACACGACUGAAAUGUGAUAUAUUAACCUCCAUAUAGAUUGACUACCUAGAAGGACAAUAAUUUUACAGGUGUUGAACAGGAUUUAGAUCAAGUUAACGAUGGAUGCUGACCGAGUCCUGCAGAGUCUUGGGAAUUAUGGUCGUUUCCAGAUCUUAGUGUUUCUAUGUUUGUGUUUUAUCUACAUGAGGGGAGCAUGGCCUGUCCUGGGAAGUAUAUUUCUAGGAGGGGUACCAGAUUAUAAAUGUAAAGAGCUUGCUGAUGUAAAUAAAACUGUUACCUAUAGAGCUUGUGAUGUGACUGUUAGUAUUGAUGGUCAGAACAAAACUGAAUCUUGUCCUAAUGGUUGGAGUUAUGGUGAUGAGUUUGAAGCAACCAUAGUCACAGAGUGGGAUCUUGUUUGUGAUAGAGAUUAUUUAAAUGAGUUAUCGACAACAAUUUACAUGGUAGGGAAUACCAUUGGAGCUACCUUCCUGACUCCACUAUCAGACAGAUUUGGAAGAAAGAAAACUAUUCUGACACUUCUGUGGAUACAAGCUGUUAUUGGUAUUAGUGCAGCUUUUGCCAAUACAUAUGCUUUGUUUACUGCCCUGAGAUUUCUUAUUGGGAUGUUAAACAUGCCAAUAGCAUUAUCAACAUAUGUAAUGGUGACAGAAUUUUUCCCUUCUAAUUUCCGAUCAUAUCCAUCAGUGGCUGUCAACUGUUCCUGGAGCAUAGGAAUUAUAGUGCUGGCUACGUUUGGAUAUUUUCUGAGAGAUUGGCAGACGUUACAGCUUGUCAUUACUAUACCUAAUCUCUUAACUAUAUUUUUUUAUUGGUUUAUUCCAGAAUCUCUUCCAUGGCUUAUUGCAAAGAAAAAAUACAAAGAGGCAGAGAAAGUAACGAAAUGGGCAAGUAAAAUCAAUGGUAUACCUUUUCCUAAACAUCUGUUUGAGGAAGCUGAGAGAGAAAGUGAAGACGCAUCAGAAAAAGAGCUCCACAGCAGUGAGGUUCUAGUAGAAUCUGAUAAAAAACAAGCUUAUACAUUCCUAGAUCUGUUUAGAACUCCUGUCAUUAGAAGAUAUACACUUAUCACAUUUUAUUUAUGGUUUGCCAAUAGUAUCAGUUAUUUUGGUAUAUUAUUUGCCACACCUACUUUACAUGGGAACCAGUUUCUCAACCUUGGAAUCAGUGGGGCUGUAGAGAUACCAGCACAAAUAGUUUGUGUCAUAGCCAUUAAUUUAUUAGGCAGAAGAAAACCACUUAUAUUUUUCCUGUUAUUGUGUGGUAUAAUGAACAUAGUUACAAUAUUUAUUCCAGAAACAACAGCUGAUGGUACUGAUCUAAAACCACUACUUAUCACAUUGGCCAUGAUAGGAAAGUUUGGUAUUACUGGCUCCUAUUCAGUUACAUAUCUGUAUGGUAGCGAGAUAUUCCCAACAGUGAUCAGAAAUCAUGCUGUUGGUAUAGCUUCACUGUUUGAGAAUGUUGGUGGAAUAGUAGCUCCAUUUAUAGUAUAUGGGGCCACAUCUUUAAAAGAGCUACCAUUGGUAGUAUUUGGUGUAUUGACAAUAGUUGGUGGAAUUUUAAUUUUCUUCUUGCCAGAAACACAUGGGCGACCUCUACCUGAAACAAUAGAAGAAGUGGAAAAAAUGACAAAAGAAAUUGUCAAUGAUAAAACUAUAUAUCACCAGGCAACGAGUACACAGUUGUCUAGAAGAGGAGAACAAAACACAAGAUUGUAAUUGUUAUUUAGGACAUCUGUUCAUUAGAGUGAGGAUUUUUUUAGUUAUUUGUGGGAUGAGGUGAAGUUUGUCUGGGUGGAAAAUGAAAUUUUGACGGGACAUAUUAUGGUAUACACAUGUCCAGUGUCCGUCCGUCUCUCUGUCUGUCCGGCGUAAACAUGUCGCUCUGUAACAUGAGAUCAACUUAUCCAAAUUUCAUGAAACUUUAUAUAGUUGUUUCUUAUGAUGGUCAAAUGAUCUGUAGACUUUUUGGUGAAAAUAAGAUUUAAACUUUUUGAGUUACGGCACUUUGUAACUAAAACAGGGGUGUUUAUGAUUAUUGUUUAAAACUUAACACACUUCUUGGUUAUGUUAAUGUAAAGAUCUGUAUACUUUUUAUGGUUUUGGUUUUGAUUCAAAAUUUUAUUUUAGUGAUAUUUAGUUUUUUGUAAAAAAAAAAGGAUGGGGGGGGGGGGGGGUCACAUGUCUCGCCUAUCUCAAAAACAAUUUAUGGUUAUUGCUUAAACUUUCUCAGAAACUAUUUAUGAUUAUUGCAUAAGACUUCCACUAAAGAUGUCAGGCGUAUCAUACGCUCAUGGCACAGCUGUUUAUUACAUAGUGCUGUUAUCAAUAUCUAUUUUUCUUAAUGAGUGACAAAUAGAAUUGGGAUUUUUUUAUAAAACUUAUUCUACAACUUACAAGCCUGGGCUGGUUGCCCUUUUGUUAAGUGAGUAGACUGAAUUAUAGAACAUACAUUUGUGGCCCUUAGCUGCUGUCAACUCUUUGGUUGGGUUGUUGUCUCUUUGAAUUAUUCCCCAUUUCCGUUCUCAAUUUUAUUAAUUACAUUUCAUGUUAUCUUGCCAUUGCUAAGUAUUGUAUUUAUUGCAUUUACUAUAGUCCCUUAUUAUUGUUUUUGUGUCAUUUGCAUAGCAGAGUUUACAUAAUGCAUCAUUAUCUUUAAAUAUCACCUGGUGCAUAAUCUACAUUAUUUUGUUAACUGCCAACUCCUCUCACACCACUUGGCAAUGACCAUUCAACUUAGCACAGACUUUAAAACAGGAGUGAAUAUUUGCACCAAUUUUUAAAAUUAUUUAUCAUAAUGCAGUCUGUGACAUUUUUUCAGCCAAAUUAUAGAGAAUUUGUCACUUAUGUUUUCUUAUUCCAAAAUUUUGAAGAUUCCUCACAGAAGCUCUUAUGUUCAAUUUUUGAUCACUUAAUUACUGAUGAAAAUAUAAAAGGACAACCAUAAGCAUGAUGAGUGUAAACAUGUUUAUCAGGUCAAGAUCUAUCUGCCCUGAAAUUUUCAGAUGAAUCGGUCGAUUGGUUGUUGGGUUGCUGCCCCUGAAUUGGUAAUUUUGAAGAAAUUUUGCUGUUUUUGGUUAUUAUCUUGAAUAUUAUUAUAGUUAGAGAUAAACUGUAAACAGCAAUAAUGUUCAGCAAAGUAAGAUCUACAAAUAAGUCAACAUGACCAAAAUGGUCAGUUGACCCGUUUAGGAGUUAUUGCCCUUUAUAGUCAAUUUUUAACCAUUUUUUGUUAAUUAAAGUAAUCUUUUACAAAAAUCUUCUCCUCUGAAACUACAUGGCCAAAUUAAUCCAAACUUGGCCACAAUCAUCUUUGGGGUAUCUUGUUUAAAAAAUGUGUGGCGUGACCUGGUCAACCAACCAAGAUGGCCGCCACGGCUAAAAAUAGAACAAAGGGGUAAAAUGCAGUUUUUGGCUUAUAACUCAAAAACCAAAGCAUUUUGAGGAAAUCUGACAUGGGAUAAAAAUGUUUAUCAGGUCAAGAUCUAUCUGCCUUAAAAUUUUCAGAUGAAUCGGUCAAUCGGUUGUUGGGUUGCUGCCCUUGAAUUGGUAAUUUUGAGGAAAUUUUGCUGUUUUUGGUUAUUAUCUUGAAUAUUAUUAUAGAUAGAGAUAAACUGUAAACAGCAAUAAUGUUCAACAAAGUAAGAUCUACAAAUAAGUCAACAUGACCAAAAUGGUCAGUUGACCCGUUUAGGAGUUAUUGCCCUUUAUAGUCAAUUUUUAACCAUUUUUCGUAAAUUAAAGUAAUCUUUUACAAAAAUCUUCUCCUCUGAAACUACUUGGCCAAAUUAAUCCAAACUUGGCCACAAUCAUCUUUGGGGUAUCUAGUUUAAAAAAUGUGUGGCGUGACCUGGUCAACCAACCAAGAUGACCGCCACCGCUAAAAAUAGAACAUAGGGGUAAAAUGCAGUUUUUGGCUUAUAACUCAAAAACCAAAGCAUUUUGAGGAAAUCUGACAUGGGAUAAAAAUGUUUAUCAGGUCAAGAACUAUCUGCCCUGAAAUUUUCAGAUGAAUCGGUCAAUCGGUUGUUGGGUUGCUGCCCCUGAAUUGGUAAUUUUGAGGAAAUUUUGCUGUUUUUGGUUAUUAUCUUGAAUAUUAUUAUAGAUAGAGAUAAAUUGUAAACAGCAAUAAUGUUCAGCAAAGUAAGAUCUACAAAUAAGUCAACAUGACCAAAAUGGUCAGUUGACCCCUUUAGGAGUUAUUGCCCUUUAUAGUCAAUCUUUAACCAUGUUUCAUAAAUCUAAGUAAUCUUUUACAAAAUCUCCACUGAAACUACUAGGCCACAAUCAUGUUUGGGGUAUCUAGUUUGAAAAAUGUGUCCGAUGGCCGCCACGGCUAAAAAUAGAACAUAGGGGUAAAAUGCAGUUUUUUGCUUAUAACUAUGAAACCAAAGCAUCUAGAGCAAAUCUGACAAGAAGUUAAAUUGUUAAUCAAGUUAAUAUCUAUCUGCCCUGAAUUUUUCAGAUGAAUUGGACAACUGGUUGUUGGGUUGCUGCCCUCCAAUUGGUAAUUUUUAAAGAAAUUUUGCCGUUUUUGGUUAUCUUGAAUACUAUUAUAGAUAGCGAGAAACUGUAAACAGCAAUAAUGUUCAGCAAAGUAAGAUCUACAAAUAAGUCAACAUGACCUAAAUGGUCAAUUGACCCCUUAAGGAGUUAUUGCCCUUUAUAGUCAAUUUUUAACAAUUUUCAUUAAUUUGGUAAAUUUAUGUAAAUUUUUACCAAAUAUAGUUCUCUGUUACUAAUGGGCAAAGUUCAUGAUAGAUAUAAUUGUAAGAAGCAAAAUCGUUCAGUAAAGUAAGAACUUCAAACACAUCACCAUCACCAAAAUACAAUUUUGUCAUGAAUCCAUUUGUGUCCUUUGUUUAAUAUGCACAUAGACCAAGGUGACCAACACAGGCUCUUUAGAGCCUCUAGUUUUUUUAACUAUCAUGUUAUUAUUUUGAAUUAUUACUUGAUAGUAAAAUGUAAAAAGAAGUAAUAUUUUGUAGUACAUUUGUACUGAGAAAUGAUUCAUCAGUGUGAGUCUGAGUAGACAUCUGUAGAUUGAUGAAGAGUGAUAUAACUUAAAGGUACAUAUCAGAAUGAACAUGUAUUUCUAAUCAAAACUUUUCUCAUUUUAAACAUAAUUUUGUUGAGAAAAAAAAAGAUUUAAGGAUUGUAAGCUAAGAAUUAAUAAUUGAGAUACUAUUCAUAAAAAAAAAAAUCUUUUUAGAAAUUUUUGGAUAAAAUAUCUAAUUUAAUCUUUUUAUAAUUGCCUUUAAGAUAUAAAGAUGUUAAGAUUCCUGUUGAAUGAAUUAUUGAAAUAAAGGCAACCAAUAAAUUCAAGAAAAAUUGCAAAUUUUGCUUCUUAAGGAAUACAUACCAGUUUCAUUAUUUUUAUGAUAUAUUUAUGUCUGUAAAGAAGAGUAUACAUGUAUUGUGAUGGGGCCAGUGAUAGAUGAUGAAAUGAUCUAUAUCUCAAGUAUAAAUCCUAAAUGGAUAUUUAACAAUUGUGUAUAAUGCUGUUUUUAUCUCUGUAUGAUGUGUUCGUUUUUUGCAUUUAAUUUUAUGAAUAGCAUGAUGAAAACUGUUACAAUUUAUUUUGUUUGUUUAAUAAAAGAGGGACGAAAGAUACCAAAGGGACAGUCAAACUCAUAACACUUAAUAAGUGUCUUUGUUUUGUUUCUAGUUAUUGUUGAAUUGCUCAGCAUUUUUUGAAAGUGUACAACUACAAGUAUUUAGUUGUUUUUAUAGUUGUGUGUAGGGAGUAUAUAAUAGUGUUUAACUAAUUACUUCAUUUAUAUAUGUGUUCAUGGAUAAGGUAAUUAUUGACUUUUGAAAAGAAAAUUAUAAACACCUAGGCCAAAUGGCAAAUGUUUUUUUUUUUUUAUCCAAAUCAGAAUUUUGUACUAAACAAAUGCCAUCAGCUUAGUUUAUAUAUAUAUAUGUGUGAUUUCUAAACUUACCCGUAAAUGCAAUUUAAAAUAAUGUUUUUAAAAAAAAUCAGUUUCUGAGUUAAAUAAGGACUCACCAUAGAUAUUAUUUACAGUUGAUAAAUUUGUAUGUUAUUCAAAAUACAUAUGCAUUUAUAAAAAAGUUGACAAAGUUACACUUAGGUUACAAUGAUAUGAUCAAAAGUGUUACCUUUAUUGAAGAGUGAUAUAUUUUUGUUAAUAAAAGUUUUGGGGAAAUUG